AUGACUCUCCCAUACCCUAUCCCACAACCAUUUAGAGUUUGCAUUAUCGGCUCCGGCAACUGGGGCACAGCUGUCGCCAAGCUUGUCGCCGAGAACACUGCUGAAAAGCCUGAAAUUUUUGAAAAACAGGUGAACAUGUGGGUGUUUGAGGAAGAAAUCGAGGGUAAGAAGUUGACGGAAAUCAUCAACACCGAGCACGAGAACGUCAAGUACUUGCCUGGCGUCAAGUUGCCCGAGAACCUCGUGGCCAACCCUGACGUUGUGGCCACUGUCGAGGACGCCGACCUCUUGGUGUUCAACAUUCCUCACCAGUUCCUUCCAAAGACUUGCAAACAGUUGAUUGGUAAGGUGAAGCCAACCGCCAGAGCCAUUUCUUGUCUCAAGGGCUUGGAGGUUGACGCUAAUGGCUGCAAAUUGUUGUCGCAGUCCAUCACCGACACCUUGGGCAUCUACUGUGGUGUCCUCUCUGGUGCUAACAUUGCCAACGAGGUUGCUAGAGGCAGAUGGUCUGAGACCUCAAUCGCUUAUAAUGUCCCAGACGACUUCCGUGGUGAAGGUAAGGACAUUGACGAGUUUGUCUUGAAGGAGGCUUUCCACAGAACAUACUUCCACGUGAGAGUGAUCAAGGACGUUAUUGGUGCCUCUAUUGCUGGAGCUUUGAAGAACGUCGUUGCCUGCGCUGCUGGUUUCGUCGAAGGUGCCGGUUGGGGUGACAACGCCAAGUCUGCCAUCAUGAGAAUUGGUCUUUCGGAAACCAUUCGUUUCUCUUCCUAUUGGGAGAAGUUUCACAUCAAGGGCUUGUCUCCACCAAACCCAAGCACAUUCACUCAAGAGUCUGCUGGUGUUGCUGACUUGAUCACCACAUGCUCUGGUGGUAGAAAUGUCAAGGUCGCUCGUUACAUGAUUGAGAACAAGGUUGACGCAUGGGAAGCCGAGAAGAAGUUGCUCAAUGGCCAGUCCUCCCAGGGUAUCAUCACUGCCAAGGAGGUGCAUGAGUUGUUGGUCAACUACGACUUGCAGGCCGAGUUCCCAUUGUUUGAGGCUACUUACAACGUUAUCUACGAGAACGCUGACAUCAACGAAUGGCCAGUGCUUUUGGAGCAGGACUGUUAA